AUGCCCAGAUCGGAUCUGACAGCGAUCCCCGAGCAAGAGGGCCGGGGUGUUGGAUCGACAACCGCCGAUGGGCUUCUGACGAAUCCCAGUGCAUCGCGCACACAUACUCGUAAUCGAUCCAGCGUGGAUGGCACCAAGUACAAGGACGGGCAAUGGUCACCCGAGAACGAGAAGAUUGUGCUCGGCCCGUAUGACUAUAUGCUUCAGCAUCCCGGCAAGGACAUUCGACGACAGCUCAUCAACGCCUUCGAUGUGUGGUUGAAGGUACCGUCGGAGAGCCUGACGAUCAUCACCAAGGUGGUGGCCAUGCUGCACACUGCCUCGUUACUGAUCGACGAUGUGGAAGAUAAUUCGGUCCUCCGCCGCGGGAUUCCAGUGGCCCACAAUAUCUAUGGCACCGCGCAGACGAUCAACUCCGCCAACUACGUGUACUUCCUCGCUCUGCAGGAGGUGCAGAAACUGAACAACCCGACCGCCAUCGAUAUCUAUGUGCAGGAGCUGCUGAACCUGCACCGCGGCCAGGGCAUGGACCUGUUCUGGCGCGAGACGCUGACGUGCCCCAGCGAGGAAGAGUAUCUGGAGAUGGUCGGCAACAAGACCGGGGGCCUGUUCCGGCUGGCCGUGAAACUGAUGCAGGCCGAAAGCAGCGCGGGCAAGGACUGCGUGAGCCUGGUCAACGUAAUGGGCUUGGUCUUCCAGAUCUGCGACGAUUACCUGAAUCUGUCCAGCGGCACGUACACCAAGAACAAGGGUCUGUGCGAAGACCUCACGGAGGGGAAGUUCUCGUUCCCCAUCAUCCACAGCAUCCGCUCCAGACCGGGCGAUCACCAGCUCCUCAGCAUCCUCAAGCAGAAGACCACCGACGAGGAGGUCAAGCGGUAUGCGGUCAAUUACAUGGAGCAGACAGACAGUUUUGCGCACACGCGUGACGUUGUCCGGGAACUGCGAGACAAGGCGUUGGCGCUCAUCGUUGAGAUCGAUGGCGAUGGUGCAUGCAAUGAUGGUGCGAUGGUUCGUGCCAUCCUGCACAAGAUCACAGAAUCAACCCUGGGAAACCCCCAGGAGCCCAGUCAAUGA